AUGCCCGAGAGGGAUGCAGUGGCAUCGACGGCCAUUAUCAUGGCACUUGGCCAGCACGGACGGUUGGAUGAGGCCGCAAUGGCUUUCGACCGCGCCGGCGCUCGAGAUAUUCGAACCUGGAACUCCCUCCUACAGGCAUAUGCCGGGAAUAGGGAUCUGGAAGAUGCCGAGCGCGUGGUGGACAAGAUGCCUGGGUGGGACGAGGUGACGUGGACCACAAUGUGCACGGCAUAUGCCCAAGCCGGGAAUAUACAUACCGCCAAGCGGAUAUUCGAUUGUAUGCCCUCUAGGGGUAUGGUUUCUUGGAACGCUAUGGCGACCGCAUUUGCCCAGCAAGGGCAUCGCAAGGAGUGCCAAGAUCUCUUCGAUCGCAUGCCCCAGCACACCACUCUCACUUGGAAUUCGAUGAUCGCGGCUGCAAUUCGGGACGAUCGCUGCCAGGACGCGAGAUUUCUCUUCGAAUCUUGCCCGCAGCGUAACAUCGCGUCCUGGAGCCAGAUGAUCCAGGCCGGGGAGAAAUUCGCGGGCGCGAAGCCUGUCUUUGAUUUGAUGCCGAUCUGGGACACGAUGUCAAGCACAGCAAUCGUCUCUGCUCUAGCUCGAGAUCCCGAAAGAACAAGGCAUGAAAUCACAGAAGCAUUCGAUUCCCUUGUUCCAGAUCGAAGCUCCUGGUCAUGGAUCUCGCUGCUCGAAGCCAUCGCCCAGAGGGGCGAGCUCCACCUCGCGAUCCAGUGCUACCUGCGAAUGCCUUGCUGGGACGCGACCUCCUCCAACAUCACGCUCACCGCGUACGGAAAUCUCAGCGCUCUCGACUCCGCGCGCGAGAUUUUCCACGCGAUCCAGCACAAGAACGUGAUCUCGUGGACGGCCAUGGCGUCCGCGCACGCCCGCGAGGGAGAUCUAGCCACCGCCGAGGUUUUCUUCGAUCGAAUGCCACACAGAAACAUCGUCGCCUACACGCUCAUGAUCUCCGCCCUCGCGCACGGCAAUCGAUUGCACGACGCCAGAUCGCUCUUCGAUCAGAUGCCGGAGCGCAGCGCGAUCUCCUGGAAUGCAAUGAUCGCCGCGUAUGCUCAGAGAGGGUAUCUCCUCGCUGCCCAAUCUCUCCUCCAGGAUCGACCGGUAGAGGACAGUGCGUCGCGAAACACGAUGAUCGCGGCGUAUGCCCAGCACGGAUCGCUCGAUACCGCCAUAGCCCUCUUUCACAGCAUGGAUCAAAGAGACACGAUCUCCUGGAACACGAUGAUCGCAGCAUUCACUUCCAGCGGAGAUCCCUGCCGCGCGCUUGGCCUCUUGCGGGGAAUGGCGAUCGAGGGAGUGACACCAAACGAAGCAACGGUGCUCGCAGCCCUCGACGCUUGCGCCCAAAUCUCCUCGCUCGCCAUCGCCAAGACGAUCCACUCGAGCAUCCAGGGUACCGGCCUAGACUCCCUGCCCGCCGUGCUUGCCUCGCUCAUCAGCGCCUAUGGCCGCUGCGGCGGAAUCGCCCAAGCCCUAGAGCUCUCCCAGAAGAUCUCGCCCGAUCCAGUCGCGUGGAGCUGCGCCUUGGACGCGCGCUCUCGCAGUGGCGCCGCCCUCGACCCGGCAGCGCUGCAUUCCCUGGCGGUGGAGGGACUCUCGCUCGAUCCCAUCGUCUUCAGCCUCCUCCUCCUCUCGUGCAGCCACACCGGCGAUCUCCACCGGGGAUUCCACUGCUGGAAGCUCAUCACCGGCGACUUCGGCGUGGUGCCGCGCGAGGAUCAAUGGGCGUGCGCGGUGGAUAUCCUAGCUCGCUGCGGCCGCCUGGACGAGGCCCGCGAGCUCCUCCUCGCCAUGCCCUUCGUCCCGGGCGACGCCGCGCGCACUGCCCUGCUUGGCGCGUGGGCGCGAUCUUAA